CCUCAUAUGUGUUUUUCUAUUCUGAAAUCGUAUGCGCCAUCUCGGCCGUACCUGUAACAAUAUCCCCCACGGUUCGUCUAUGUGAAAAGCGAGGUCUCAAUCCUUCCCAUGUCUCACCGGAAUUCUUCACCCCAGAAUCAUCGUCGGUUAUGUUGAUAUCUCGAGCCCUAUAAGUCAAUUCUCUCACAACAGCCGCUAUUUGGCUCGGAUAGCUUACCGCGAGCUACAUUCUAUUCUCGCCAGUCUCUUAAACCUUCCAUCAAAGGAGUGGAUUUUCAUAUUCCAACUAUCCUGAUGGAUGUCUAACGUGAGCGCUAUGCGAGCUACUACUUAUAAUUCACGAUAAGUUUUAUUCGUACUGUUAGCUAGUACCUAUAACACGCCGAAUGAUUUCUCCUAUCGAUUCGAACUUACGGUAAAAUCUACGUUAUGAGACCCGUAGAGUGUCUCACGUCACGAUGGGCAUGACACCUCAAUAUCACGGUAGCUUGGUUGCAUUUGAGGGGCCGCAGGAUACCGUGUCAACUCAACUUCGACUACUUCCAAGCUCACCAAACAUCUUGAUCAUACCACCACUACGCUACUUCUUGAAAGAAGAGAACCUAGAUGCUCCCUUCGAUGCUAGGUCGCGAAUCCUAGCGGUGCAUAAGGCAUGUCGCGACAGAGCCGAGAUGGCGCACGCAUUCUUGCGAGACUCUACACCGAGCAACAAACGACUGGUUUUCAUGAACGGGGGCACAGCAAGUGCCCAGAUGGAAUGUGUAUCCGACAUCAGCGAAUAUGUCACCAAUGGGGAUUUCGAAAAAGCCGAACGAAUAUUUAUUAAGCUCGUUCGAAAUGGCAUCGCUGGAUUAUCCAAACCACGUAAAGCAAGUCUAAAGUUCAGGUCGUCCCAAAUAGGGGUUGCCAAUCGACAGCUAAAUGGAAUGCAUGGCGAGAUAGCCAUCGACCCAGUUUCGGAAGCUAUGAGAGCAGCUGACGCUCUUGAUAUUCAAACCGCAUUCUUGCAAACGAGUACCGAAGUUGACCUUACACAUGGACCUCGACGUCGAAGCUCGAGCACGCCGAUUUAUCGAGUGGUUGAUGACUAUCAGAACGCAACCCCUUUUUACAUAUUCGGGGCUCGCAAAUGGCAAAAGAGAAACUCCUUCGACCCAAGCUUACCUCAAACCCCUCGCCGGAGCUAUACCACACAUGAGAACCGAAGGAAUUCUCGGCGAUCAUUGUAUCCGGCCGGAUCCCGAGUAAACGAAUUAAAAAGCCAACCGAAUUCCCCAUGUCAGAUAGCGGAGGAGAGUUAUAGGAAGCCGUUGUCGCCCGCAACCAUCGACGUGUCGAGUCCUAUGUCUUUCAAGUUUGAUGACUCGAUGCCCGAAACACCAGCGAUAUGCGAAGCCCUUGUCAUCGAUGUUCGGCAUUCGGUCUCAACCACUGCUCAUAAGAAAACGAAGUCCGUGGAUCGAAUAUACUCCAGCGCUAUACGCAACCAGGACAUUCUACUAUGUAGCUUUCCACAACCACCUCGCUCGAGACCUACAAGCACGAUAAAUAGUCCAAUAUGGCGCGAAACGCCAACAACGCCCUUGCCGCGGUCGCCACUAUCUCCACGAUCCCCUCGUCACAAGUUCACCACCGAUAUCCCGAGACCGACAUUUAGCACGCCGAAAAGAUCUAUGGUCAGGCGAAACCCCCCAUCCCCUCUCAAGCUAGAUCAAGCACGACGGCCACUGUCUUACGUAGACGUUGGCACGAGUACCACGAGCAGCUAUGUAGAUCGAGCCACGACGACCGAGCCCGAGCCCGAACUUACUAUUCUCAUAUCCCCUGAGGCAGACAUGGAAGAUUCUUCAUCUAUCGAUUUAGAUGACAGUUUCGAACUCGACCCGGAUGUGCCUUUUGAGGCGGUUCUGCCCAUGGUCGAAAAUCUAGUAAUACUUUUCAAGGCUGAUCAACCAGAUAGACGGUUAGAAGCGAUGAUCCAAGCUUUCCGAGAAGGGACAUACCCGAUAUCCUCGUCGCCACAUGAAGCAACAGCCGAAAAGAACCUUGAUCAGUCCGACAGUUUGAGCCCGCGGAGCAUUCCACUCGUUGACCGAAGACGAAGAAGCUACGUCAAGCAUGCAGAAGUAUCACCUGCUUGUCACCUAGAUCCCGAUGACUAUGAUCCCUUCGCGUACGGAAAGUACUCAUGUUCAUCUCAUGGCUUGUUGCCCAAUCAUGGUAGACAUAAUCACAGACCUACGACGCCACCAACCCCAGCUACAACCCCGCCAUUGGCUGCACGGAAGCCAGAGAAGUGCUUCCACGAUUUUACCACGACAAAUUGUAGAACAGCUGUAGGAAUGCAAAACUCCCUACGAUCGAUUCUGAAUAUCUACUUCCCACCAGAAGAUACAGGUUAUCACCAGUUUAACUUCCCUUUGCUUCCGGAACUUAGCAGUCUCUGGAAACCCGUGUUUCGUGAAUCGGACUCGGGCACUGUCAUACAUCGGAAACGAAAAGUCGAUCUCAUCGUUGCCAUCGGAGCACAACAAGGCGUUGACAAGGAUUUUCUCGCCGCCAUUAGCGGUUCCUUAGAAAAGCUCGGCACGAAGCCGAAUGGGGUGACCCGAAGCGGAAGGCUAGAUUUAAGGUACCUCAUCGCCAGCGCUAUGCAAGCCUUCACUUCACAGCCGCUAGCCAACCAAACUCAAGACAACCCAUUCACCAACCCGCUGCUCUUAGCAACAUUAAUCAUACCACACCUAGAGACGUAUAUGGCUGCUCAUUCGGCAACCCGAUUCCUUUUGCUCGAAUAUCCUCCCGAACAUUUAUCAACCGUCCUUUCGUUGCAGCGAUUGGUGGGUUCGGACCUACUAAGGGUCGCAGGGAUUCUAUACUCCGAAGACAUAGACCCGAAGUUGAACUCCGGAGUUAAGAUCCCUACACGGAGAAAUACCCAUCUACGCAUGAAUUCAAAGUCCAAAAUAUCGACGAUUAGUACGAGAACGGGAGCAACUCUCCACACCCCCAUUGAGAUGAAGCAAGCAGAGUCGCCUUCAUUCUCAAAGGCCAAUUGGCUUCUUACAUCGUCAGCUAGCGAGUCUGAGAUCGCUACUCUGAUAUCCACGAUAUGGCAAAUCCUCAUUGAUAUCUCAACGUUCUACAUUCCGGAUGGAGUAGCUCCCAGGGCCUCGACACAGAUAGAUGGAGAGAUGAGACGAGGUUCCAGGCGCGGAUCUCAGGGAAGACCGUUAGCACAAACGCCCCUAAUCAACCCGGCCCAAGAUUCCGCUCCGCUAUCCAACGCAGCCGCCAUCAUGGGCUUCCAGAAACAGGCAACCGAAGAAUAUGAAGCUGCUCCUCCCCUACCCCCUCCGAAGCAUAAGCAUCGAGUCAUAGAGUCGACACGUGAAGCACAGCUAAAGUCAUCUAAGGGAUCUAUAUCAGAGACCAUCAAGAGCAGCCGUACGAUGAAGUCGAUGCGAAGCCAGCGGAACAAGCUGCGUCAUAUGCUUGGGAGGGAAGCGGACUUGGACAACGCUUCGAUACGUGCUGAUACAACCUCCGUAUACCAGGACUACUGGGAUGAGGAGGACGAUUACUUCGCUGCGGAGGAGCGCAAGUAUAUGCCUCUAUAUGGAAGAGAGAACGGACCGAGAAAAGGGAGUAGUCGGAAAGCGCUGAAGUGGCUGGGUCUCGCGACUUAGAAAGCUCUGCUCUCGUGGGGAUACUUACUACACACCUGCCCUCAUACAACUCUUCUUUUUCUCAUUUUUAUUUUCUAUACUUUCGACACCGAGCCUCACAAAGACAGAAAAGCCGGAUACGUUUCCAUAUAAGUAUUUUAUUAUCUUGAUUCAUUCUGUAACAAAAUUUGUGUCUCGCUCGAGUGUAAGAGGGGGCCUUCUCGUAUACAUCUGAAAGGAGACGGGAUCUCCGGCUGACGAUGACGAUUGAGAAAGAGUUACGAUCGCGAUAUCUUCUGGGCACACGCGCCUGUUCAUUUGUACUUGUUGAACUUGUAUUGAAGCUAAAUGGGGGCGGGGGCGAAGGCUGUUCUAGUCGGGGCUUGCAGUUAGGCUGAACUACUCUGUAUUACCUAUAUCGUAGUCCAAAAUCCUGACUUGCCUUGAGAAUAAUAUGAGA